CUGCUAGGGCGCGGUCCGGGAACCUGAUCCAGGGUCCCCAGCUCGCGCCCGGCGCCCGAGCUGGUACUGGCGCUUUUCUCUGGUCUGUUUCCCUUCGCUGGGCAGCACACGGCUGUUCUGCAGCUGGGAGCAGGAUGAGACGAGCAACACAGAGGCUUUGUGCCCUGAGCAAGGGGCUCAUUAUUCCUGGCAGAGGACUGACCCACGAAUCCUGGGAUGCCAACAAGCCGAGAAUCUACAUGCAUGAAGCACGUUCAUCUCUACAUGUGAAUGAUGUUCGGGAUAAGUUGCGAGAGAUAGUGGGAGCAUCCACAAACUGGAGAGACCACGUGAGAGCAAUGGAGGAAAGGAAGUUACUCCAUAGUUUUUUGGCUAAGUCACAGGAAGCACUACCUCCUAGAAAAAUGAAGGACAGCUUUAUUGAAGUUUUCUUGCCUUUGGGCAGUGAGCCUGAAUUACGAGAAAAAUAUUUGACUGUUCAGAACACUGUAAGAUUUGGCAGGAUUCUUGAGGAUCUUGACAGCUUGGGAGUUCUUAUUUCCUACAUGCACACCAAAAAUCAUUCUGUUAAGAUGUCUCCUAUAUCCAUAGUCACAGCCCUGGUUGACAAAAUUGAUAUGUGUAAGCAGAGCUUAAGCCCAGAGCAGGACAUUAAGUUCAGUGGCCAUGUGAGCUGGGUUGGGAAGACGUCCAUGGAAGUGAAGAUGAAAAUGUUCCAGUUGCAAGAUGGUGCAUUUUGUCCUGUUUUGGAUGCAACGUUUGUAAUGGUGGCUCGUGAUUGUGAAAAUAAAGGACCAGCAUUUGUGAAUCCACUCAUCCUUGAUAACCCAGAAGAGGAAGAGAUCUUUAAACAAGGAGAAUUGAACAAGGGGAGAAGGAUCUCCAUGAGCUCCAUUUCUUUACUGAAAAUGGCUCCUGACGCUGAUGAGCGGAAUACCAUACACGACAUGUUUCUCAGCACGCUGGAUCCCAAGACUAUAAGCUUUCAGAGUCGCAUUUUGCCCCCUAAUGCAGUGUGGAUGGAGGAUACAAAAUUGAAGAGCUUGGACAUUUGUCACCCUCAGGAGCGGAACAUUUUCAAUCGGAUCUUUGGUGGUUUUAUUAUGAGGAAAGCAUAUGAGCUAGCAUGGGCUACUGCUUGUAGCUUUGGAGGUUCUAGACCAUUUGUGGUGACAGUAGAUGACAUCAUGUUCCAGAAACCUGUGGAAGUGGGCUCGCUGCUCUUUCUUUCCUCUCAGGUCUGCUUUACUCAGAACAAUUAUAUUCAAGUCCGAGUGCAUAGUGAAGUGGCCUCUCUUCACAAUAAAGAACACAUGACCACCAACGUCUUUCACUUUACAUUCAUAUCACAAAAUGAGGUGCCCUUGGUUUUCCCCAGAACAUACGGAGAGUCCAUGUUGUAUUUAGAUGGGCAGCGGCAUUUCCUCUCCAUGAGUGCCCCAGUGAAAAAGGACUACCUCGUGGAGCCCUAGGAACACCUUACCUGUUAUACACCAGCACUCCAUUGGCAAUGACCUCUAAUGCCUGCUGAAGGCCUGAGCAAGUUGUGUUGCUUUUAGCAUCCUCCAUAGAGGAGAAGGUAUCAGUGGGUAGGAUGACCAGAAAGGCAGAAAAGAGAGUGACUGGAUGGGCUGAGGUGUGGAUGAGCAAUUAAAUAAAUAACUUCCAAACUAGA